AUGGCAGAAUACCCCGUUCCAGCAAAGCAGGAGAAGGACCUGAGCGAUGUCUCAGAGAAGAUCCCUCCGGAUUCAGUGCAUCACAAAGAAGAUGUCAUGAAAGACGAAAAUCUUGUAUACGACGGCGAGGAGGAGCCAGAGAUCCAUAUGCGGACCUGGAUCGCCCUGGCCUCGAUGUUCCUUCUCAACCUGGUCCAAGUGUUCGCUCUUCAAGGUCCUCCGGCCGUGCUUUCAUACAUCGGCACCAGUUUGAACAACCCACAAGCCCAGACUUGGGUGCCCAAUUCGCUCUCCUUGGUUCAAGCCGUUAUCUGCCCACUGAUUUCAUCCGCGUCCGACACAUUCCAAGCACGGAAGACUUUGCUCGUUGGAACGUCAAUCAUCUCCUUCAUAGGAGCAGGCAUCGCACCUGGGUCCAAGGACAUUUACAGACUCAUUGCGGCUCAGACAUUGAUCGGCUUCGGCUUCGCAUCGGUACCACUUGCCUACUGCGUCCCAAGCGAGAUUCUACCGAGAAGAUGGAGACCAAUGGCACAAGCGUGCAUCAACAUUGCCGCCGCCCUCGGUGCUAUAUCUGGCCCACUAAUCAUAGGUGCCUUGACCAAAGGUGACGUCGAGAAUGGCUGGCGAAAAUACUACUGGAUCCAGAUGGCACUCUGGGGACUGACCGCGGUCGGUAUCUUCGCUGGCUACAGACCGCCGAAGAGGCACACGAGACUCGACCAUCUCUCCUUCCUCCAGAAGCUGCGACACCUUGACCUUCCCGGCUUCAGCCUUCUGACAUCCGGCCUUGCUCUUUUUCUUACAGGUCUGAACCUUGGUGGUGGCCUUUACCCCUGGACGAAUUCCCGGGUAUUAGCUACGCUGGUGGUCGGCCUGGUCAUCCUGGUUGGCUUCGGAGCGUACGAGUGGAAAGGCACCAAGUCUGGCAUCUUGAACCACGAAUUGUUCCGUGGAGGGAAAACCGCUGGCCGAACAUUUGCCAUCUGCAUUUCCCUGAUCUUUAUUGAGGGCAUCCUAUUGUUCUCUUAUGUCAUUUUCUAUCCCGUGAUGACUACUCAGCUUUUCGAGACCGAUCCAUUCCUUGCGACGGCUAGAUUGCAACCGUUCUGGAUAGGCUGCAUGCUGACGACUGUCAUCUGGGGCUACUGGAGCACUCGCCUAAGGACCAUUCGAACUCCCCUUUUCGCCGGCUACGCAUUGUUCACUGCGGGCAUGAUCGGUCUAGCUACAAUCGAACCAGAUGAUUCGCUGAGCUCCCUGGCCUUUGCAGCUCUUGCUGGCGUCGGUUUUGGCGCACCCCUCAUCCUUAUCAUCUCAGGUGUCCAGCUCUCUACACCACAUCAUCUCAUCGCCACUGCCACAGCCGUAACAACAUCAUCCCGCGCCGUUGCAGCAACCGUAUUCACGGCGAUAUACGCGGCGGCUUUCACGACUAGGCUCGACACAAAACUUCCAAGUUAUGUAAGCAAAGCAGCGCUGGCAGCCGGGCUUCCGGAGAGCUCGCUCGAGGCUUUCAUGAAAGCUUUGACGACCAACGACACGGCAGCCCUGGGCCAGGUCCCAGAUGUCAGCCCCACAAUCAUCGGCGCAGCUGUUGCGGCCCUGAAGCAGGCCUUCGCCGAUUCAUUGAGAGUAGUGUACCUGAUCGCCAUUCCGUUCGGCGUGGUUGCAUGUAUCGCUUGUUGCUUCUUGGGAGACAUGAGGAAGACGAUGAAUUACCAUGUGGAUGCUCCUCUGGAGGAUCUUCAUGCGAAACAUGAUGCAGCCGCCGUGACGUCGAAGGUAUAA